GAGAGCGGCGGCUCUGCGUCAGCUGACUAGAGUCAGCGUAGGAGGGAUCCGAGGUCCGGCCGGACCAACUGACCCAGCUAAGGGACUGGUUGGGCGGUCGACCGACGGACAGGCUGGGGCGGCCUCGGCGGCGUUAGCUGAGCAGAGACAGGAUUUCCCUGGGGAGAAUCUUCACUCAGAGCUUGCUGACAGCCAAGGAUGGCGAGCAAGGGGCCCUCGGCCUCUGCGUCCCCUGAGAACUCUAGUGCAGGGGGACCCAGCGGCAGCAGCAAUGGUGCUGGCGAGAGCGGAGGGCAGGACAGCACCUUUGAGUGCAACAUCUGCCUGGACACAGCCAAGGACGCCGUCAUCAGCCUGUGCGGCCACCUCUUCUGUUGGCCGUGUUUACAUCAGUGGUUGGAGACGAGACCUAACAGACAGGUGUGUCCAGUUUGCAAAGCUGGCAUCAGCCGCGACAAGGUCAUCCCACUCUACGGCAGGGGCAGCACUGGGCAGCAGGACCCCAGAGAGAAGACUCCUCCCCGUCCUCAAGGACAGAGGCCAGAGCCAGAGAACAGAGGGGGAUUUCAAGGGUUUGGAUUUGGAGAUGGUGGCUUCCAGAUGUCUUUUGGAAUUGGGGCAUUUCCCUUCGGCAUAUUUGCCACAGCGUUUAACAUAAAUGAUGGGCGGCCUCCUCCAGCUGUCCCAGGAACGCCCCAGUACGUGGACGAGCAGUUUCUGUCACGCCUCUUCCUGUUUGUGGCCCUGGUGAUCAUGUUCUGGCUAUUGAUUGCCUAAUGCCAGGCUCCCAGCCUACAUCCACGGCAGGGCCUCCGGACCGGUGACACAGCACCCCUGCUCUUGAUGUUUGGCUUCCUGGCUAAUCCUGACUCCUAGAAUCAGUGGGGUCAGUGACACAUCAAGGAGUCUUGCUUCUCCAUCAGAGCUUUGGGACUCAAGACCAGUUGCUGAGGACCCUGGAGCAUGGCCACUGCUGUGAACACCCUGCUAUAACCUCAGGCCUUGACAUUGGCUCGUCUCUCGUGGGUUACACCAUGAAAUCCUGUUCUAGCAAGCUCAGCAGGUCCUGACUGCACAGGGAAGAGGCAGGAGGAGAAGCACUGUCAGUACAGUUUCACCUGAAUUUAACUUACAGAAACAAAGGGAUGAACCAAA